AAGAGGCGAAAGUCAACGAAAAUGAAGGAACUAUUGGUAGUAGUAUCAUUGGUGUUAAGUGGGGUGGUGUGUGAGGCCCCCGCUCCGUACCCCCCUAGUGGGUGGAGGCCGAGUGGACCAUCGUUUGAAUUACCACAGCGACCAAUCAAACAAGAGUACCUGCCAGUUGACCCUCGCAGGCCAGCAGUGAACCCCAACUUUGAUGACGGAGUAGAUGUCUCAGUGCAAGGCUUGCCCACUCAAGAACAACAACAGUUAUUCCAAUUGUCACCCGUCAAUGGACAGCAAUAUAAUGGCCCAAGCAUAAAUUCCGACAUUAAGAACCUAGAACCUAGCCUUCAACGGCUCCAAUAUCAGCAACAAUUGCAGACAGCCCAACAGUUUGCUAGACAAAGAGAAUUCGACGCUAGAGUAAAGACACCAGCUAACGGCCUUCCAAACCAACAAUCUCCAAGACAAUUCGCUUCGGAAUCCACUACAACCUCAGAAAAGCCAAACUUCAAAAGCAACGCGGAGCCCACAACCGAAUCGUUUGAUUUGAACCAAGAAGAGCAAUUGGACAAUCCCAAAGAUAAGAAAGAAAAAGUGUCGGUGGAAGUAACAAAACAGAACGUACAAGAAUAUCCCCCAGAGUUAUUCUUAAGUCCUUUAACACAAUUGAACGUCCAACCUCAAUAUGUUCCUUUGCAACAACUUGGUCAAUUGAGGGCUCCCCUUUAUUACCAGCCCAUUCAGGCUGCACCAGAAAGUCAAGGAUUUGAUGGUCCAGCGCAUUUAGCUGCCCUACCUUCAGUACUAGCACAAAGACAAUUGCUAGAACAGCAAGCAGCAGCAGUGCAAAAUCCUUCUUUUUCACAGAGCCCAAUUAUCGUUCAGCAAGAUCCCGCUUUAUUGCAAGAGCAAGUGAAUCAAUAUCAACCGAUCGUUAGUCAAUACCAACCCCAAGUGCAAUCUUACCCCCAAUUUCCAGCACAGCCUGUUGUGUUGCAACCGCAGGGAGUGAAUCAGGUCCAAGCGAAUCAAUUCGUUCAACCGGGUCAAUAUCAGCCACAAUUCCAGGCGAACCCACAAGUGCCCCAACAAGAGGCAGAUGCGGAAACAAUUCAAACUGACCAACCACAAAUGCAAGUGCAGGCGUAUCCUCAAUAUCAGCAGCCCGCUCUGCUGCAACCGGUGAACCAAAUUCAGCCAAAUUACAUUCAACCCAAUCAAUUUGUUCAAAGUCAAUACGCCCCAGCUAAUGUGUACGCCCAGCCAGAUCCUUUCGCACAAAACGCUUUCGGUCAGCCUCAACAAAAUUUUAUUCAACCUCAACCAAACGCCUUCCCUCAAGCUCAAUUCGGGGCUCAACAAUUUGUGCCAGCACAGGCCAACCAGCCAGAACAAGACGUGGAGAAUAUUCAACAACAACCGCAAAUAGUGUUUCAAAAUUAUCAGCCCCAAGUGUAUCAGCCAAGUCAAGAUCCACAAGCAAUUGCACCCAAUGGCGUGCAGUAUUUCCUCCAGUCCCCGAACCAAGGCCAGGUUGCACUGCAAAGCGGGCUGAAUGAUCAGCAGGAUAAUGGAUUGGAAAAUGAAGAAGAUGAUGAAGGUACGAAGGCGACAGCUGUGGCUACGGCUUUUGGGGCAAGAACUCAACCACGAGUAUUUGCCAGCUAUGGCGCUCCCGUUCCAGCAUACCAGACGACUACCGAGGCUGCCCAGGAGGAAAAUGCAACUGAAGACGGGCCAGCCAUCGCGCAAGCAACUGCCGUGGCUACGGGUAGAAGGAAGAGCGCUAAGUUGAGGAACCGUCGCGUUCGCCCCGUCUUCACCUUAGACAAAUCUGGACAUUUAGUAUUAGCUCAAGACCAGUAAAAUCUAGAUUAUAAUGCGUACCGAUAGCCAACAU